GUGGAGGAGGAGGGGUGGGGGGGAGAGGAAGCGCUGCCUAUCCGAGGGGUUCCUAAUCAAAGCGCAUCAUCAGGGCCGUUCACUCUCCGCUGGAGGGCGAGUGGUUCAAGAGCACCGGGACGCGCCGGGCCGGCUGGAGACGGGAUAGCGCAGCGGCUGGAGGACACGGAGGAGCAUCAUCUCUCCCUCCGCCGUCGGGAUUAAAACUCACACUGAGACAUGAGCCUGUCCUGCUGACCAAUGCUGAUGCUGAACUGAGUGGACCAGUGCGAUCUUCCAGCGUCUCCCCUCCCUUCAGUAUUCUGUGCCUCUGUCUGUCACCUGGUUUGUGAUCAGUCAUGACAAAAUCAUACGAAUUCAACUGGCAGAAGCAUCUGCCCGAGUUCAUGCAAGAAGGGACCUCCUUCGACAGGUUUGAUGAGGACCCGUAUAUCUUUGAGCCCAACUGUCGGAUGAAAGUGGACGAGUACGGCUUUUUCAUCACGUGGAAGAUUGAAGGAAAGGAAGGCCAGGUUCUGGAGUGUUCCCUCAUCAACAGUAUCCGUGUCGGCGCCAUCCCGAAGGACCCAAAGAUCUUGUCGUCUUUUGAGGCCGUCGGAAAGACAGAGGCAGACCUGGAAGGAUGCAUCAUCUGCAUCUGCAGUGGCACCGACCUGGUGAACCUGAGCUUCAUGUUCUUGGUGGCAGAGAACCCCGACAUAGCCAGGAAAUGGAUUGAGGGUUUGAGGUCGGUGAUUCACAACUUCAAGGCCAACAACGUUUGUCCAAUGACAUGCCUAAAGAAGCAUUGGAUGAGAAUGUGUUUCCUGACCAACGUUAAUGGGAAGAUCCCCGUGAGAGGCAUUACAAGAACGUUUGCAUCAGGGAAGACAGAGAAGGGGAUCUUCCAGGCUCUCAAAGACCUUGGCCUUCCUAGUGGAAAGAAUGACGAGAUCGAGCCACCAGACUUCACCUUUGACAUUUUUUACGCGCUCACACAGAAGAUUUGCCCUCGCACAGAUAUUGAGGAACUCUUCAAAAACAUCAAUGGAAACAAAACUGAUUAUUUAACUGUAGACCAGUUAGUCAGCUUUCUGAAUGAAAACCAGCGAGACCCAAGGUUAAAUGAAAUCCUGUUUCCAUUCUACGAUCCUAAGAGAGCCAUGCAGAUCAUCGAGAAAUACGAAAGGGAUGAAGAGCUGAAGAAGAAGGGCCGGAUGUCCAGCGACGGGUUCUGUCGGUACCUGAUGUCAGACGAAAAUGCUCCCGUAUUCCUGGACCGACUGGAGCUGUACCAAGAAAUGGACCAGCCUCUGGCUCACUACUUCAUCAGCUCCUCCCACAACACCUACUUGACAGGGAGGCAGUUUGGAGGGAAAUCGUCUGUGGAGAUGUACCGACAGGUUCUGCUGUCUGGAUGCAGGUGUGUGGAGCUGGACUGCUGGGAUGGUAAAGGAGAGGACCAGGAACCCAUCAUUACUCAUGGCAAGGCCAUGUGCACAGACAUCCUGUUUAAGGAUGUCAUCCAAGCUAUCAAAGACACAGCGUUCGUCACAUCUGAUUAUCCCGUCAUCCUCUCCUUUGAAAACCAUUGCAGUAAACUUCAGCAGUACAAGAUGGCAAAGUAUUGUGAGGAAAUCUUUGGGGACCUGCUGCUCAGACAGCCUCUAGAGAGCUACUCGCUUGAACCCGGGCGCCCUUUACCUUCCCCAAGCGAGCUCAAGAAGAAAAUCCUCAUCAAAAACAAACGCUUAAAACCAGAAGUUGAGCAGAGGCAGCUGGAGUCUUUAAAAAAGCACAUGGAAGCAGGAGAAACCAACACUCCUGCCAUUAUCAUGGGAGAGGAGGACGACACAGAGAAUGCAGAAAAAGAAGCAGAGGAAAAGGAUUUGAUUUCGGAGGCUCCCAGUCUGUCAGAGGCGACCAGUGAGAAAGAGACCAGCAGUGUUUCCCAGAGUAACGCUGUCAGCUCAGGGAAGGACGAGGAGCAGAACAACGGGGUCAGGAAGAUACCUGACGAUGAAGUGACAGAAAUCUCUGAAGCAACUGACGCCACAGAUAUCUCUGAGGCAUCUGAUCAGGACAACAACAAGAAGGGUGUGGAUGUGGCAGAAGACUCUGAGGAGGCUCUGAUAGCAUCAUACCAAUACGAGUCGGCCACCACCAACAUCCACCCGUACCUCUCAGCCAUGGUCAACUAUGCACAGCCGGUCAAGUUCCAGGGGUUUGAUGUGGCAGAGGAGAGGAAUAUCUACCACAACAUGUCAUCUUUUAACGAGUCUGUCGGUCUGGGUUACCUGAAGACUAACGCCAUCGAGUUCGUCAACUACAACAAGCGACAGAUGAGCCGUAUCUACCCCAAAGGAGGCAGGGUGGACUCCAGUAAUUACAUGCCUCAGAUCUUCUGGAACGCAGGAUGUCAGAUGGUCUCGCUCAACUUCCAGACCCCAGAUCUGGCCAUGCAGCUGAACCAAGGAAAGUUUGAGUACAACGGAUCAUGUGGGUACCUGCUGAAACCAGAUUUCAUGCGGAGAUCAGACAGGACGUUUGAUCCUUUCUCUGAGACGCCGGUGGAUGGCGUUAUCGCAGCAACCUGCAGUGUUCAGGUGUUCUCUGGACAGUUUCUGUCUGACAAGAAAAUCGGCACAUACGUUGAAGUGGACAUGUACGGUCUGCCAACCGAUACCAUCAGGAAAGAGUUUCGCACGCGUAUGGUGAUGAACAAUGGGCUAAACCCCGCCUACAAUGAAGAGCCCUUCGUCUUCAGAAAGGUCAUUUUACCGGACCUAGCAGUGCUACGCAUCGCCGUCUACGAUGACAACAACAAGCUGAUCGGACAGCGCAUCCUGCCCCUAGACGGCCUGCAGGCAGGCUACCGUCACAUCUCCCUGAGGAACGAAGGCAACAAGCCUCUGUCAUUGCCCACUGUAUUCUGCCAAAUCAUCCUCAAGACCUACGUACCCGACGGAUUUGGAGCUAUUGUGGAUGCUCUAUCAGACCCAAAGAAGUUUUUAACCAUUGCAGAGAAGAGAGCUGACCAGAUGAAGGCCCUCGGGAUUGACACGAACGACAUAGCAGAUGUUCCCAGUGGAAGCUCAAAGAACGACAAGAAGGGUAAAGGAAAAGGCGACACAAUGAAGGUCAGUGUGACGCAACAAGCCAGCUCGGAAAUGGCCCAGACCUCCAACUCUAUCAACAACAACACAACGGAAACCAAGAGGGAUACCGCACUAGUGCCUAAUGUGAGCAUCGACGACUUAAAGCAAAUGAAGACCUACCUUAAACUGAUCAAAAAGCAACAGAAGGAACUCAACACUCUGAAAAAGAAACACUCAAAGGAUCAAAACGCCAUGCAGAAAGCCCAUUGCACCCAGGUGGACAAGAUGGUGUCCCUGCAUGAGAAGGAGAAGACAACUCUGGAGAAGCUUCUAGAGAAAGCAAUCAAGAAACGAGGUGAGAACAACUGCCAGGAGCUGAAAAAGGAGACAGAAGAUAAGAUCCAAACACUAGCCACUGAUCAGAAGGCUAAGGUAAAGGACAUCACAGCACAACACACUAAAGAGUGGUCAGAGCUGAUCAGUAGUCACAGCAGUGAGGAGCAGGAGAUGAAGGACACUCAUGUCACCCAGCAGUGUGAGCAUCUCAAGAAGCUCCUCACCACCGUCCAGGAGCAGCAGACUGUGCAGCUCAAAGUCAUCCAUGAAAGGCAGAGCAAAGAGAUGCGUGCUAACCAAGCAAAGAUGUCCAUGGAAAACAGUAAAGCCAUCAGCCAGGAUAAGACCAUCAAAAACAAGGCAGAGCGAGAGAGGAGGGUGCGAGAGUUAAACAGCAGCAACACCAAGAAGUUCUUAGAUGAGAGGAAGAGGCUGGCCAUGAAGCAUCAGAAGGAGAUGGAGCAGCUAGAGAAGAACCAGAGAGAGCAGUUGGAGAAACUGGACAAGCACAAUGAGCAGCUUUUGAAAUCACACCAUGCAAACAAACAGGUUCAAGGCCAAGGACAUACAGCAGAUGGUGAAGUUGGAGGAGGAGAUGGACCGCAGACCUGCCACGGUGGUCUGAGCAACUGAGAAUGAAUCACACACUUCUACACACACGCAGGUGCAGAAACACCCCACAACAGGAAGCAUUCUGCAACCAAGAGAGGAAAACCCCUGUCUGUCCUUCCAAACAUCACCUAAUGUGGACUCAUUAACAUGCCUUUUUACUCUCA